AUGCCCGACUAUCGACACUUGACUUCUCAUCCAUUUCAUGUUUUGGAAAUGAGAACUGUAGUCAUAUGUUGGAUUAUAGGGAUUCAUUACGAAAUGAACCUUUUACCAGAAACGCUGUUUCUAACGAUCAACAUAUUUGACAGAUUUUUUUCGUUGAAAAAUGUAGCAGUCUCAAAAAUGAAACAAAUAGCGAUGGCCGCCUUACUUUUAGCUUCCAAAUACGAAGAAAUCCAUCCCCCGAGCAAUAAAGAAGCAUGUAGCUUGCUUGGAGAGGGAACGGUUGGCGAUCUAUGCAAAGCAGAAACGUAUAUAUUGAUCGUACUGCAAUAUGAGUUAGGGUGGCCGGGUCCUAUGCCAUACCUACGCUUGCUUAGUAUAUCGGACAGCUGGGAUGCUGAUAUGCGAAUUGCGGUCAAGUACUUUCUUGAAAUUUGUAUACUGGAUCCGAGAUUUCUAAGCCAAAAAGCAAGUCAAGCAGUGGCUACAUGUGCGUAUACGGCCUAUUGUAUUUUGCACAAUGGAAACUGGAGCGGGACAUUGUACAAACUGACGGGUUACCACUGCGCAAACGUCGCGCCUUUUAUGCAUUUACUGCUAGAGUGUUUACAAGAUCCAGCCGAACAUCAUCGCUGCGUCUAUGCAAAAUAUUCCACAAGGAUAUCGCGAUACAUAAGUCAGCGUAUUCAUGAGUGGAUUAGUAUUAAUAUUCAACUAUCCUCGUCGGGGUCGUAUUUAUGA